CAGAGUGAGGUGGGGGGUGCUCCUUGUUGCUGCUGCUCCAGGGAAGACAGCUCUGAAAACUUUUCCUGUGGAAUCUGCUACUCUCUGUGUAACUCUAGUUUGGAAAGGUGUUAUAUUGUUCUGCACAUAAAGAAGGUUUGGAGGGUUGCUCUAAGGGAAAAAAACUCUCCUUUAAGAAAGGAGCUGCUACCAGCAGCUUGUUAUCACCCUUGCUGCAGCAGUGACUUUUCUCGAUCUCCUGAGGUGCACACAGGAGUCUGUUUGCCCUGUGCCUGGUACAGCUGGCUGCCCUAUUCAGUUUUGUCUUUGUGUGCUUUUUGAUUAAGCAAAAUUGAGCUGCUGAGUACUACCAGCCCUCCAGGAGGGCUGCAGCAGGAUGGUGGGGGAGGUGUACAGCUCACUUGCCUCCUCAGGCCUUGAGAGGAGCAGGGAACUAAACUUUGAGGCUUUGAGCAACUGAUGCAGGACUUGUUCAUACCUGGUUCAAGUGGCACCAGGAAAUGCUGCAAACCCAGGGCGAUAGCUUCUACUUACUCGUUAACAAGCCAGCCCACCAGAGCCAGUCCUUCAGGUAGCCGUGGCCUCCAUCUCCUGGGAAAGCAAAGCAGGCAGGAGUUAACGAUGAGAGAAGACAAAUGGCCUUCUGAAAAGGAAUAAGCCACACUGAGAAGAGUGUGGCAAAGAAAAUGGCUUGGAAGGACAGAAAGUGCAAACGUAGGGGUUAUGUAGGCUCAAGGCAUGAGCAGAAAGUGACAGCUAUCGGCAGACAAUGUAAAUGCAAUAGAAGCAGCUGCUUAAUCUUCAUGGAAUGGCAUGCACUGCCCCAAAGCAGCAGAUUAUUGGGAUGGACUGUAGUGGUGCUCCUCACUGAUUCAUCAUGGUGAUCAUGCCUCUGAAGCCACCAGUGGAUGCCUGUGCUGAGGUUCUGGGGGCUGGAUGUGCUUUGGCUUGGAUGUCCCUCCCCAGGUGACCCUGGGGCGGAGGGUGGUGGUGGCUUAUGCCCUGCUGGAUGCCUCUAUGCAGAGACUGUUUCCAUGGAGCUGCUGUGCUGGACCUUGCAUCCCCAUUGGAUCUCUAUGAAGAACCAUGUGUUGGCACUAAGAGCUUGUGGCAUUGAUCAGUGCAUGGAGAAGAGUUAGCAGGAUGCAGCUAUUCCUGUUUUCUGUGCUUUCCUCUGUUCCUUAUGUGCGAACAACUGAAAUUUAAUUUUGAAACAACUGUGAACACCACUAACUCAACAACCCAUCUGCAGAAGAAAAGCAAUACUCCCAUGAAGUAUUAUCACAUGGUGACACCUUUCUGAGCACAGAUUUGUAUCUUCAGCUCUCUCCCUGCAGGCAAGGAUGUACUUUCUUCACAGCAUGGGAGCAGCUAAGAGCUCUCCAUUCCCUUGCUCCUGCAAGGAGGACUGAGCGAUGUAAAAGGCUGGAGGCCGCCUGGGAACACUUUCAUUUCCAUCCCUACCUAUAAUUAUUUUCAUCUUUGCUCCCCAUUUUCAGCUCCCUGGCAGCUGCAGCCCACUCAGAAACUGAAGGAAAUACGGCAGGACUUGGAAGAUAAACACACACAGAACUGCAAAGUGUCAAUCAAAAGCAACAGUCACACGUACUGCCUGGGCUUGUAACAGCCUCGCCUAAUCUGGUUUGCAUCAUCUCCUCACUAAUGACAUUUUGAAGAUCUAUGAAAUACUGCAGGCACCUUCCCAGCAAGAACGUGGAACUAAUAACUCCAUAGCCAGAACUGAAAUUUACUUUGGGAAAGUUCCUCUCUUGAAUACAUUUUGGCUUCACAGAGCAGCAAGUCAUUUCUUCAGAGCCUCUCCUUACCAGUCCUGCUGGCACAUCUGUCCCUUCCUGUCAGCUCUUGGCUAUGGGCUCUCAAUGGCUUUGCCUCUCCUUCCUUCCCUGGGUAUUCAGAGAAAACCCAGUUCCUGCUCCUAUCACACAGCUUGGAGAUAAAUUAAAAAGCAAAUGGACAUUGCCUCAGUAUCAGAGAUGAAAAUCUACCACUCACUGGCUUUAAACAGCAGUUUAAACGUGCAAGAAAUCAUAGCAAUAAAGACAAAACCUCUGAGUGCUAAGCUAUCAGUAGGCCAGGAUGCUGGAUUUCACACCAUAUACCAGUAUGGCUCUAACUCCAGACUCUUCUGGAGGCAGUAGCUCUGGAGCAGGGUAGCAGUGUUGCUGUAGGGCUGCAGACAGAGAUGGAUAAAAAACCCAGAAAAACAAACUAGAAAACAAAACAAAAGUGGUUUGUUCAUUGUGCCUCGGAGACACACUUCUCCCAGGCAAAAAGCUUUUAGGGACAACAUUCCCAAAUCAUUUGAAGAUGCCUGCCCAUCCUUUCCUACUGGUUGCUAUGGUGAGAGAUGACGGAGCCCAAGAUGGGUAUAAUACGAGGCAGCGUGCGGAGCAGGGAUUUAGCAGAGCAGGAGGGACGCAGCGGUGAGAAGAGGGGAAGGUGCUGCGCUGCUCUCCUGCGCUGAGGGGCUGCUGCAGAGUUGCUGGGAAGGGACAUGAUGAACAUCGACGUGCACAACAUCACCUACACCAGUGCCACAGUCUCCUGGACCACCACCAGUCCCUGUCCGGAGAACUACUACCACGUCAUGUACCGCCCCAACUGGAAUAGCGUCUUUGCCGGCUAUUUGCGCCAAAACUUCCACCGUGAGGAGCGAGUUCCCCACUCCCUCAGCUCCAUCAUCCUCCAUCGCCUCACGCCCUCCACCAUCUAUGUCCUCUGCAUCACGUGCAAGAACUCCUACCCCUCCAGCAACCACUGCACCACGUUUCACACGCUGGACCAAAACCCCCUACUUUUCAGCGGCUCUAAGCAUGAGCCCACCACCUCCAUGUGGAUGGUGAGCAGCCUGUUGCUGCUCUGCUUUAUAGCUCUCUUAGUCUACGGCUGCCUGCAGUUCUGGGCUGCACAGUGCUGUGGGCCUUCCAGGCCAAAGCAACAUGAUGCCAGCCCUGAAGAAGUGGGUGAAGGCAGCAGCUCGCUGGAUGGUCCUCUGAGUGAUGGACUGAAAGAAGAGCUUCUGGAAGUGCCCAUGACCACUGUGCUCAUGAGGAGCUCUAGUUUCAUGAGGGAGAGUCCGUAUAGUUCCCCACGCUGCUUCUUCCCCUAUAAGAACAGUGAUGAUAAGACAGCCAUCUUGCCGCAGCACGGCCUUCAGUGAGAGCAAAAUAAAGAGAGGCACUGCUUGGCAGUCUGGUUCAUGCUGCUCUUUCCCAGCUCUUCCCAGUUUGUGUAUGCACAGGGGCUGUUUGUCCCAGGGUAAAACAUGAGGUAGGAACAUUAUCAGCAGGGAGAAAAGCUUUUUCAAGUGACAAAAAUAUUAUCAUUCACUGAGGGGUUUUUAAAAGGAAACUAAGUAAGCUUUCUGGGAAUGGCCACGCUAGGCUGACUGUAGUGUCACUAUCUAAUCUGCAUCAGUGCUGUAGAUCACAUCAGCCAUCAACCAGCAUGCACAAGAAAUAAACUCCACUCCAAUACUUUCAUGCCUGAGUGAUCCUCCACUAGCAUCACACCCCAAGCCCUCAUAACACUUGUAUAAACAGUCAUCAUGGCCUGACAAAAGAGCUUUUUGUCAGUGUUAAGUAGUUUACAUUUGCACUCCAGCAUUUUAGUAACUCCUGUUUUAAACGAGAAAUGGGAUUCCUGCGCAGCACCUUUCUCAGGGGGCAGCACCGAACUGGAACUCCAGCUAGCUCUCCUCUCUCUGUGUUUAGAUGGAUAUGACUUGGUCUACGAACGACCAGCAAGCAAAGAGUGGUGUCAGCACCCCCUCACACAGGCAUGUUAUGGAGAAGAAUAUGGGAAAGCAAUAGCAAAAAGCACACUGAAUCUGCUUCUUGCAUGGCUUUUUUGUUUCACAUGACAAUGUGAUGCUGUACGUUCGCACUCGUCACACUGUUAUCGAACAAAAUAUUGCAUUUGUUUCUUCCUAAAUAAAGGAUUCCAGCAUCCACCCCUGCUGGC